CGAUCGGCUUGCAAUUAAUGUAAAACCGGCUUAAAGUGGAUCGCACCCACUGAGUGCAAAGAUAUGAGCAACGCGAACAGACCUAUGUGUCUUUGCGAAACGUGGACCGGACAGCUGAUUUCGAACUUGCGCGACGGAACGCAGGAACACAGAAACGUCAUGAAUUUAGGAAACCUGGGAAAACAUGAGAAACGUAAUGGCGGAAAGAGUAGAAACUGUCAAAGUAUGUGUCGAUACAAUUUGUCCCUCAUCGCCGUGAGUGGAGAUAACGAGUGAAACGAACAUUCAAAUUACGCUGUACGGAAAGUUCUCCUCGAAGACAUCAAUCGUUUUGUGAGAUUCGUCGUAUACUCCGCCACACAAUGAUGAAUCAUCGCAGACGUAGCAACAAUUUCACAUACGUCAGUUCGUGCGUGAAAUACAUGAUCUUCAUGCUGAAUUUCGUCUUUUGGCUGUUUGGUGGACUGCUAAUCGGCGUAGGUCUCUAUGCAUUUCUGGAUAAAUGGCAGGCAACUGGAUCUGUCAGAGUGGAGAACGUCUACGAUGUGGUCUUGAAUAUUUCUCUGGUGAUGCUAAUAGCUGGUGGAGUAGUCUUCGUUGUUAGUUUUGCAGGAUGCGUAGGAGCUCUUCGUGAAAAUACAUGCCUUCUUAAAUUUUAUUCACUAUGUCUUUUGGUGUUUUUCCUCUUGGAGAUGGGUGUGGCGAUCGUUGGUUUUGUAUUCCCGCACACAUUGCAAUCUAUUUUGGAAGAGUCGUUCACGGACAAAAUAAUUCAGACAUACAGAGAAGAUCCAGAUCUGCAAAAUUUCAUUGAUUUUGCCCAACAAGAAUUCAAGUGUUGUGGUUUAAGUCAAGAAGGAUACUUAGAUUGGGGGAAGAAUGAAUAUUUUAAUUGCACUAGCCCUAGUGUAGAACGUUGCGGUGUACCGUUCUCUUGUUGCAUAAACGCUACUGAUAUAUCCAGUGGACUUGUAAAUAUAAUGUGUGGCUACAAGGUCCAGAUGUUACCAGUGUCCGAAGCGAGUAAAAAGGUGUGGACCAGUGGAUGUAUCGAAAUUGUACGUAGCUGGGCGGAACGUAAUCUCUACACUAUAGCUGGCAUUGCUCUAGGCAUUGCGCUCAGCCAGCUCUUUGUGAUCUAUCUUGCAAAAACGCUGGAGGGUCUUGACUUCAGGCCACCUACCGUUACCAGAUACAUUCUGCGACCAACAGGCAGGUGGCUAGUGGCGGACGAUCGCGCGGUUCGCAGGACACAGAGACAAAUAUAA